CGACUUUCGGAAAGUUAAGGCAAACACUUUCUUCCUCUCUACUCACGGCCCAGGACAAAGUGACCAAGAUGUCUCCGCGGCCUUCCCUGAUACCUGACACGGAGGCGACGCCCCCCAUCGAGGAGAAACAGGGGGCGGCGGCGGCGCCCUCCACCCCACCCGUCGCCGCCAAGCCGGAACCCGGCAAACCGCCCAGCAGAGCGGGCGCCUGCCGCGUCUGUCUGAAGGCCUUCAAGCCGGACGACUUCAGCAGGACCUGUGCCGAGUGCACGCAGAGGGUGUGCGAGGACUGCGCCAGCUACAGCAAGCUGGCCGAGGACGAGGACCCCGCCAACUGGACGUGCAGCGUGUGUCGCAGGAAGCUGCAGUCGCGGGCCGCCCUGGCCCAAGACUCGAACGAGAGUUUAUUAGAAAUUCCAAUCCAGGAGCUGCAGAGGCGGCACUCAGAAGCCAGACUGGGAACGGGCGGUGGCUUGACGGUGGGCGGCGUGGGGAGCGGUCUGGCGCCCCCCAGGAGUCCGGAACUCCGCAGGCAUUCGGACGUGUCCCCCGCAUCGCUGAAGGAACUGGAAAAGUUAAAGGCCGGCGGCAACAAAACCCCCGAUCCAGACUGGUCGCGAGGCCGAGGUGGCCGCAGCACCGCCUGCAGCAGACAGAACAGCCCGCCGCGAGAAUCAACAGCGGCACCGGCCCAGCCCUCGCGCUCCCGAAGGGCCUCGAGGGUGGCGCGCCAGCACAGCUACGACGACGAGGUGAAGGGCGCCCUGGCCCCGUCCGGGGCGCCCGAAGGCGGCCUAGGCCUGCCGGCGCCCAUGCCCAGGCGGGCGUCGGCCUACGACGUCUUCUCCGUGCCCGGCCUCAGCACAGUGACAGCGCCUACGGGGGGCAUGGGCAGGAGGCCCUCCUUCAGGGCCCCCCCGCCCGAGCCGGCCAGUCCCCCCAGCCCAGACGCGGGGCCGCCCACCCUGGCCGCCCCCGAGGAGGACCGCAGGACCAGGAGGAGGGGAUCGCACCUGCCGGACCUGGCGGGGAUCCGCACGAUGGCGACGCCGAGACCUACGCCCGCCCUGGAGGACCUGGAGGCCGCACCGAGACGCCAGGCGUCGGUCGACGCGGAAGCCAUACGGAUCGUCAUCCACGACGUAGACUCAGGGUCCGCUGUAGCGGCACAGAAACGCGUCGUACUCAGAAGGGACCCGUCCGACAAAGCGCACAGAAGUGAUUUGUCCCGCGGUUUCGGGAUGCGCGUGGUUGGCGGCAAGACGGCCCCCGACGGCCGGCUCUUCGCCUACAUCGUGUGGACGGUGCCGUGCGGGCCUGCCGAGAAGGGCGGCCUGCAGCAGGGCGACAAGGUGCUGGAGUGGGGCGGCGUGUCCCUCAUCGACCGCUCCUUCGAGGAGGUGUGCGCCAUCAUGGACCGCACCGGCGACACCGUCGACCUGCUGGUGGAGCACGCCACCGACCUGAGGAUGUGCGACCUCCUGGACGACCCCAUCCCCCCGCCCAGCUCGUGCAGGAAACCCUCGGACGCCGCAAUAUCGGCGCUUCAUGUUGAACCGGAAACAGACAAAGCACCCUCAUCGCCUACAAGACGGAAACUACCCAAAACACCGGAACAGCUCGCAAGGGAGCGAUGCGUUUCGGGAAGGAUCCAAAUUCAGGUAUGGUAUCACGACGAGCGGAAGGAAUUGGUUGUAGCCGUACUAGCCGGAGACGAUUUGGCCCCCCGUGACGAUAGUUUGGGGUUUGGUGCCCUUCCAGAGGCUUACGCCAGAUUAUGUUUGCUCCCGCUAACAACGGAAGACCACUGCGUGCAGACGGAGGUAGCCCCGGUCAGCCAGAACCCCAUCUGGAAUGCCAACCUAAGCUUCCCCGGGGUGCCCGGCGAGGAACUCAUGGAACGCGUCCUAGAAAUAACCUUAUGGGACUUGAUUCCCCACAACGAACACGCAUUCCUCGGCGAAUGCUCCGUAGACCUCCAGAAGGCGUUCCUAGACGACAGGGCGGUGUGGUGCCGGCUAGAAGACCCCAGACAGCUACGAGGAAAGUCGCCACAUACCUCGCCUAGAGGUUCCAUCGCCGGUACCGGCAAACGCGGCGAUUUCGGCAACCAGAGAAGCGUAUCCGACGAUUUGGACUCCAUCGGGGAAUGCGCCAGUCUGUUGCACCCCGACCACGCUUGGGGGUCCCGGAGGGGUUCAUCUCAGUCUGAGCAGCUGGAGGUGGAGGUGUACGAGCUGGGAAAGGACUUCUCCAGGUCGCUUCCCGGUUCCCGUAGAUCCUCUUUCCAGUCGCCGCAGGAACAGCAGACCGCGGAACAGGAAAGGCCAGCGGUACCGCCCCCUUCUUCUUACAAUCGGGAUCGGAGAAGGAGCAGCUGCACGAGGAUGUUAAGGGAUCCGGAGGAGAUCCUGAAAUCGCUGAAAGCGGUUAAAGGGGAGCUCGGAAGGACUAUGAGCUUAACUGGAGACAAAAGGGGUAGAAGAUCGGCAAGCGGACCUUCGGGUAGGGAGGGCCGAAAAGACAGCGUCUUGGAGGUAGCGGAAACGGCGAAGGAGAGCCCCCCCUCCAGUCCCGAACGCACCUCGCCCCCUCGCUUGGGCCCGGGACAAAUAAAACCCAGGGGAUUCCGCCUCUCCAGCACUCGCCCGGUGGAGAUCAAGCUGGGCCUGCUGAUGACCAAAGGCCAGUUGGAGGUCGAGGUGGUGUGCGUCCGCCACAUCCCCCCCAGGGAAACCCCGCCAGACACCUACGUGAAAUGUUACCUCCGCGACGGGGAACGCUGGCUGCAAAAGAAGAAGACGCGGGUGGUCAAGCACUCCUGCGAGCCUCAGUUCCGACAGACUCUGAAGUACCAGGCGUGUGACGUACUGGGACGCAGCCUGGUGGUCAUGCUCUGGGAGAGGCAGGGAGGUUUCGAACACAACCAGGGCCUGGGGGGAGCGGAGGUCGCCCUGGAUUCGCUUACGCUCACCCACCUGACUACGGGAUGGUACCCGUUGUUCCCCAUUCACUCCCUCGGCUCCGACUCGAACGAUUCGCCUUGACCUGCUCCGGAGAGUCCAUAGAGAGCUCGUUUGCAUUAAACAUUCCGUAAUACUUGAAUUUUCUUUCCGUGGGGAAGCCGUUGAGUAGCGGGAAUUGUUUAAUUCCCAUUAUUGGCGACUUUCCCUCAGUAUGAUUUCGAAAUUUAGAAUAUUUUUUUAUUAUUUAGGUUUUUGUUCCCUACAGUUGAAAAUAAGUCGCAUUCUCCCGGAGACUACCAAAACAAAAACGCGCACCUCCUUAUUUCAUUGCUGCGAUCGGAAAAACAUUAACUUUGCCCCUGCUCACGUACCGUUGCGGUAAAGGAUCAUCGUCAAAAAAAAAUCACACACUACGUAAUUGUAAAUCAUAUCAGUUAUUUAACAAAUCACUAUUGUAAGGACCAAUAUUUUAUACAUUCGUUAUUAAAAUUAUUUUUCUAUCGAUUUA